AGGCAUCAUCUCACGCUGCGCGGGAGGUGGCAAUGGUAACCUUUCCUGUAUUCUACCAAAGAAAACCACAGGGCUCUAUGCUUGCCAGGAGUUGACACCGACUCGAAGGCACACUUUACCUUUACUGGAUUUUAAGCACGUCCCCUGGUGCCCGGUUAGCCCUUUGGCUUGCUUGGUUUUCUAGCUUUCAUUUUCAUUUUUUAUUUUAAAGUUAAGCUCCAGCCCUUGUAGAAGCGGAGUUAAGGAGCAAAACGUGCAGUGUUUCUUCUGUUCAACCGCUUGACUUGGAGAAAGACGGGUGAAGCACAAGAGGCUGGCUGAGAGAGAUUCAACUAAUCUCCUGAGGAAUGUUUCCUUUGGGUUGUUUUUUUUGUCAGCAGGUGAUCUCUAUAGGGCAGUUGAGAGGAUAGCUUGAUUUUGAUAUAAAUCACUAUCUACCUCUGUAUUGUAAUGUUUAAAGUAUUUGGCUUUAUAGUGCAAUCCAUUCUGUUCAUGCCUACUUAGAACCUGACCUGAUUGGAAUGAAAAUUUCAUAUCCUUGUGCUGAUAGCUCCAGUGUGAAGUUAUGGCAGAUGAAAGAUGAACAGAUGAAAUUCCUUUUUUAAAAAAAGAAGAAAAAUCUGAGAAAAUGUAUGCUAGCAUUUUGAUAUGAUGUUUAUGGUUUUUCUUUCCUUUCAAAGGCCGUAAAGACUUUUCUAGUUUAAUGCAUUCAUUUACAAAUGAUUCUUGCCAUCUCCUGUCUCAAGUUUCUCAGUUUUGACAAAGCUUUUAGUAUUCCUUUAUUUCACAAACUCUAUUUACCGGGUUGGUCUUUAAAGACUUUUUCCUGCAGUUUACAUUUUCAGCAUCAUGGUAUUCUUUCUCCAAACCAGCAACUGGAUGUUACAGACUUUGCUGAAGAAAUAUCCAAUUUUCUGCCCUGUUCCAAGGCUGCAGCAAUUACCUGCUAUCUUUGGCUGCUUCAUUUUCACCACGCCGUAUCAGUCUGCAAAAGCAGUGGAUCCCAAAGCAAUUCGUAAAGGGACUGUCAUGUUGAGAUCUAAAGAUGAAGACAUGAAGAAGAGCAGGACAGGAAGAGACAACUUUUCUCCCCGCCCUUUCAAUCUGUUUGCUGCUGGAGCUUCUAAGAGGAGAGGAGAAGUGCUCCACGACACUCCUGAUGAUACAGAGCAUCCUGCUAUUUCUAGAAAGCAGAGAUUAUGUUCUCCAGAAAAACCUUUGAGUGCUGAGGAGUGGGAAAAGCUGAAGGGGGCAUUUGGAAGCCCAAACCAGUUUGAAGUAUAUAUGUUAAAUCAAAUGAUCUCUGACAAUACUCCCAUUGAUGUGGCUAAGUCCUUGCUGGCUGCAGUGGCUAGUCGAGAUGGAGAUAUUCCAUAUAGACUUUUGGUGAUAUACUUGGCUCUAUGUGUGUCUCAGGAACAGACUGAAGAAAUUUAUGAUGUCCAUGACAUUAUGAAAGCCAGAUUUAAAACUUUAGAAACAUCGGCGUACACUCUUCUCAUCAAAGGCCUGAGUAGUUCACAGCGCUGGAGGGAUGCCUUAUCGCUACUGGAGGAGGUUAAAAAAGUCAUAGGCCCUUCAAAAGGACACUAUGGAGAUUGCAUUAGGGGGGCCCUUAUAAACCAGGAAAUAAAUCUUGCAUGCGAACUGUUCCAUGAGAUGCUAGCUAAAGAUUUGAUGCCGAAUUUGGGCACCAUGCAGGUUUUCUUUGAUACUGGCAAGAGUGUGAAGAAUGACCAGUUGAAAACAGAACUCAUUCACAUCCUUUCCUACUUAAGAGAUAAUCAAGUAUACCCUGGAGAAGCUCUUAUGCAGAGCAUAAAGCAGUGGUUUGAAAGUAUUCCAGGAGAGAACUGGAAAGGAAACUUGACUACCUUGAAAAAUAGUGGACAGUGUCCAUCCUGCAAUGAGUACUUGGAAAGCAUUAAUCUGAGCCCAGAAGAAUACAGCAUUCUCAAGGAAAAAAUAAUAAAGGAUGUGAUACAAGGGACGGAUACUUUUAUAAAAACAACUCCUCAGGAACUUGAAGAAUUCAAAGUGUUUGUCCAUAAACGUCCCCCUUUUGAUAUUGUGAUUGAUGGCCUCAAUGUUGCUGGAAUUUGCAGGAAAAGUAAUCCAUCUCAAACUCUGCUGGAUGUUGUCGAGCACUUAGCACAGCGGAAUCUGAGGUUGCUUGUGCUGGGCCGUAAACACAUGCUGAGUAGAUCUCAUCGGUGGCACAGAGAUAAUUUGGCUGCUAUGCAGAAGAAAGCAGACUUCUUUUUUACUGAGAAUGUGUCUGAAGAUGAUCCCUUCUUACUCUAUGCCACUCUUCACUCAGGCAGCCACUGUAGGUUUGUUACCAGAGAUCUGUUACGUGAUCACAAGGCUUGUCUCUCUGACGCUCUUACUCGACGCCUGUUUUUUAAAUGGCAGCGUGGUCAUCAGAUAGUGCUAUCUAGCUAUAAACCAAGAAAGAAGAUAACGUUUGAGCCUGUAUUGCGUUAUGAUACUAUUGUGCAGACUUCAGAUAACACCUGGCAUAUUCCCUAUGAUGACAACAUUUUGGAAAGAUCUUCUUACGAAGUGCCAACAAAAUGGCUCUGUCUUCAAAAGAAUAGUCCCAAAGUAGAUGCGAGAAGUCAGACCUGACCUCAGUCACUCAUGCGUUGGUAACAUCCAGAUUGGACUACUGAAAUGCCCUCUAUGUGGAGCUGCCCUUGAAGACUGUUCAGAAGCUUCAGCUGGUUCAGAAUGCUGCCGCAAGGAUGCUCAUGGGUGCAAGUCGCUUCACAAGUAUUACAUCCGUCCUGCGUCAGCUUCAUUGGCUAUCGGUCUGCUUCCGGGCUAGAUUCAAGGUGCUAGUAGUGACCUUUAAAGCCCUACACGGCUUGGGGCCAGGAUAGCUGUCAGACUGCAUUCGCCCAUAUGAAUCUGCCAGGGCCCUCCGCUCAUCAUCUCAGGCCCUGCUCAUGACCCCGCCACUAACAGAGUUCCGGUUGGUGGGGACUAGAGACAGGGCCUUUUUGAUUGUGGCCCCUUGGCUUUGAAACGGCCGCCCUGAAGAGCUUCGCCAUGCUCCCCCACUCAGUGUUUUUAAAAAACGUCUUAAAACACAUCUUUUAAAAGAGGCUUUUUAAUGCUCCAUUAUUAUUUUGUUAUAUCUGGUAGAUUCUUUUUCAGCUUCUUAUAAUUUUCAGUUUUAAUUCAAACCUAAUAAUUGUGGUUUUUAAUCUUAUUUUUAAAAAAUGUAUUUAUUUUUAUUACUUUUA